CCAUUUCUGCCUUUGUCAGGGUUUGUUUAGCCACACCUUGGUUGGCUGUGGAUGAAAACAGUCAGGAGCAAAUAAAGUUCAAGGGAACUGCUGCUGGGGUCACUAUUUACUGUUUGGCUUCCUGUGUAUAAAAACCACGCCGUGCCUAACCUUGUUGUCAGGAAUACUCGUUUCUGUUUUCUCAUUAUAUUUCUGCAUUGAUCAGUUCUCCAAACGGCAGAAGAUCCCAGGGCUGAGCACUCUCUUAGGAAGCUGCUAUGGCUGCUCGAGGGCCGUUUGAGAUGGGUGGCAAAUGUUGCAGCGGCUCCGUUUCUCCCCACAGCAUCCUCUACCAAAUCCUUAACAACGAAGAGCGAUGGAAGACCGAAGGGAAACCGCAGCAUUUCUCCCUUCCCUUUCUGUUUCCAAAUAUUGGGUGCCCCUGUGAGGUAAACCGAAGAGUCAUCCUGAAAAUGCCGGGCGUCACCUGCAACAGAGCAUCGGAAGUGCUUCUGAAAACUAUCACUUUCAUAAGAAAGCUGCCUUCUUUUUUUCAGUUUCCCCUGGAGGACCAGAUCCUCUUGAUACGACAGGGCUGGGCACCCCUCUUCCUACUGGGUCUGGCUCAAGAGCGGGUGGACUUUGAACUCUUGGAGACCUCAGUCCCCAGCCUCUUGAAAGCAGUCCUCCUUAAUCAGUCUCCGGCAGGUGAAUACAAACAGGUGGAGGACUCUCCUUUGGGAGCAUCACUAGCAGAAGUUCAGAAGAUUAAGGAUUUCCUGGGGAAGUUCUGGAAUGCAGACAUUUGUGCAAAAGAAUAUGCCUAUCUUAAAGGAAUUGUUCUAUUUAAUCCUGACCUCCACGACUUAAAAUGCCACCAUUAUGUCCAGGCCCUUCAACAGGAAGCUCAGCACACUCUGCUAGAGUUUGUCUCAAUGACUCAUAGCAGAAGCAGGAGGAGAUACGCUUGGAUGGUGGAAUUGCUUGGUUUUCUGAAGACCUUUAAUCCAGAUACCAUUGGAGAACUCUUCUUCAAACCCAUCCUGGGUGAUGUCGACUUAAACACUUUACUUCUGGAAACACUUUACACCAAACAGGACCUUAUUUAACCUCUGAUGGGACAUCACAGAAGACCAGGACUAUCAUCAAAAGGGGCAAGUUCCCCAGAACAAUAGGAAAACUUGCUUUCUGUGCAUUGGAAUCUGUCUCCACCCCUGUGGAGAACCUCACCACACUGUAGGACUCUCCUCUGUUUUGCCCAUUUCCUGUUUCUUUGGUGAUCUGCAUUAAUAU